AUGGAUCAACCACAGGCCAACCCCCUCCUCUCGCCUCCCGAGCUCUCACCCAUGGAGCAGGAGGUGCUGGAGGAGUACGAGCGACUAGCAGAGAACAUGAAAAAGCUCGCUUCUAUCCUCGACACCAUGGCCAACCAGCCCACGACCGAGAUCCUCGACGGCCUGCGCGAGCUCGAGCGCAAGACGAGUCUCGUCUUUACCCUGCUCAAGGCCUCGGUCUAUAGCAUUGUGCUGCAGCAGGAGAUUGCCUGGGGCGAUCAGGGACACUGA